AUGUUAUCCUCACUCGCGCCCUACCUCUCCAACCCACGCACCUCACUCAGCCAAGUCCUCAACUUCGCCCUCGUCCUCUCGACGGCAUUCAUGCUAUGGAAAUCGUUAUCUGUCAUUUCCGACUCCCCUUCCCCGAUCGUGGUGGUUCUCAGCGGAUCCAUGGAACCGGCGUUCCAGCGAGGAGAUUUAUUGUUUCUAUGGAACCGAGACAAGACCGCCGAAGUGGGCGAGAUUGUGGUGUAUAAUGUCAGAGGAAAGGAUAUUCCGAUUGUCCAUCGGGUCGUGAGGAGUCAUGCUCCGACUACGCCGACGAUAGAGAAAGGGGUGAAUAAUACAAGUCCCAAGCUAUUGACCAAAGGUGACAACAACGUCGCCGACGAUACGGAACUCUAUGCUCGAGGACAAAACUAUUUGGACAGAAAAGAAGAUAUCAUCGGCAGUGUGCGUGGAUAUGUGCCUGCCGUGGGAUACGUGACCAUUAUGUUGAGUGAACAUCCGUGGCUGAAGACGGUCAUGUUGGGGAUUAUGGGGUUGAUGGUGAUUCUUCAGCGGGAAUGA